AUGGCAUCCAAUACUCGACAAGCACCACAGGACGUGACAUCAGAUUCCGCUCCGUCUGCCAGAAAUGAUAGCUAUUUGUUUGCCAUUUACUAUACCUACUUCCACUCUGCCCAUCCAAUCCUUCCACCAUGGAAAAUUUUCCAAGAGGCACACUUGCCUUCUUAUGUGAGACUGGUUGUGAAAUUUAUCGCAGCUCAUUUCACGUCAUCCGCAUCUAGUCAUACUUAUGGCAACGAAAUUGUUGAGACAGUUUUGAAAGAAGGAUCAUCGGUCAACAAGGUUCAAGCGCUUUUGCUCUUGUCCAUCGUGUUGCAUUCGCGAGCCGACCAUGUGGAAUCAAAAAAAUGCUUAAAUGCAGCUAUAGAUUUGGCUUUUGAGCUUGGGCUGGACAAGUCUACCUUUGCUGAGACCGAGAGCCCCAAUGAUUCAAUCAGAGCAGAAUGUUUACGACGCACAUGGUGGGAGCUUUUCGUCGUUGAAGGACUCCUGAAAUCCUUCGGGGUGCAGAAUACCUGCCGCACAGCGACCAAAGCCCUAGAAGUGCCGCUUCCAUGCGAAGAGGCAGCCUUAAAUCAGGGCCUGACUUCGACAGAUUCACAAACGAUCGCCGAAUUCGACACACACGUUUUUGCCGACGAAGAGCCCGAAUUUUCAUCACAUGUUUAUCGAAUCGACGCCGUGCGUAUUCUGAACUGCGCAAUGAUGAUAUGUGAAAUGACCGGAAGCCAUGAAACCCUCAUAGAGGCCAUCGACACUCGCAUAUCCAGUUGGUUUCUCAACCUACCUAGCUCCAAGGCCGAACUUAUACGGCACGACGGCUCGGUUAAUGAGAUAAUGUUCCAGGCCUGCAUGAUUGUCAACAUUGCCUCCAUCCAUCUGAACCUUUCUCGUUCUGGCCUCAUGGGUUCUUCUGCCGUCAGCGUAGAUGUCAUCUGCAGUCAGCAGGGAUCACAUCGAGAGUCCGCUUUCUCCCUCCAUUCUCAUACGACGAAAGCACUCAGAGCGGCCAAGGAAAUUACUUCAUUAGCUGCAAUUAGUUCGCCAGUUGAGAAGCAUACACCGUUCCUCACUUGUGCUCUUGCACUCAGUAGCAUUGUUCAGCUUGCAGUUGUAAAGUCUGGUCAGAUGUCUGAGACAGGCCGUGACCGAAUUGCGUUGAAUCUUGGAGUGCUGAGGUCUAUGGGCCGGACCUGGGCUAUUUCAAAGGCCACUAUGCAGAAGAUUAAAGCUGUUGCACGUGAUAUACUAGCUUUAGGGACGCAGCAAUCUGUGGAUCUUUUCGAUUUCACUACCCUGCUGGACUUGAAUGAACAGUACUUGCUGGGUGGAGGGAGUAUUUAA